CAUGCAAUCACUCUCAACCCUUCACCACCGGAAAAUGCCGCCAAAAUCGACGUGUAUGUUCGCGUCACCGGCGGUGAGGUGGGUGCAGCAUCUUCACUCGCACCCAAAAUCGGCCCACUCGGCCUUUCUCCAAGAAAAAUAGGAGAAGACAUCGCAAAAGAAACAGCAAAGGACUGGAAAGGUUUACGUGUCACCGUGAAGCUCACCGUACAAAACCGUCAGGCGAAAGUAUUCGUUGUUCCUUCUGCAGCAGCUUUGGUGAUCAAAGCGUUGAAGGAGCCGGAACGUGAUAGGAAGAAGGUGAAAAAUAUUAAGCAUUCAGGUAAUAUAUUGUUAGAGGAUGUUGUUGAGAUUGCAAAAGUGAUGAAGGUAAGAUCGAUGGCGAAGGAGUUGUCGGGGGAGGUUAUGGAGAUUCUUGGUACUUGUGUUUCGGUUGGGUGUACGGUUGAUGGGAAGGAUCCGAAGGACUUGCAGCAGAAGAUUGCUGAUGGUUAUGUUGAAAUUCCAGUUGAAUAAGCGUUCUGUUAGGCAGUGGCGGAGCUUGACCAAAAGUUUUGAGUGGGCGUAAAGUGAUGGGACCCAAUUUUUUUUCCUAUCGUUAUGUUUUAGGUCGGGUCGGCUAUCGAUUCGGGUUAGGUCAAAUAAUAAUAGUUCCAAAUAAAACUAAAAAAAUUCAUUCAUUCAAAGGACCCGUUCUUACACAUAAAAACUUGCGAUUAAGUUUAUUGUGUGGUGGGUAAUCUAGGGUUAAACAAAUAAGAGUUAAAAUAUAUUUACAAAACUACCCAUUACUUAUAUACAAAGUGGUAACAAACUUUACUUUAAUUUAUAUAUUGUAUAAAUAUUUAGGAUAUACAAAGUGGUAACAAA